AUCCGAAGGGUUCCAUAAUAUAAUUCCAGAAAACCUUCAUAUAUGAAUGAGGGCAAUCAUAAACCUUCAGCUAAUGCAUCAUUAAGCUCUAAUUCAUCCUCAAGAACCCCUAAUUCAAUCCUUCCGGUCAUUUUUAAAAAGACACCUCCAAGAUGCCCUUCCUACAGCUCGAAUCCAAGCGCAUCCACUACACUGACCUCAAGCCCUCAAGCGGCAACGCGCCGCGCGAGACCUUCAUAUUCCACCACGGCCUCGGGUCGUCGCAGAACUACUACCACGCCGUAGCGCUGGAGCUGCAGUCUCACGACUUCCGAUGCAUACUCUUCGAUACGACGGGCGCAGGACGCUCGCCGUACACGUACGUCGAGCAGAGCAUCGAGACGCUGUCGGGCGAUGUCAUUGGCAUACUGGACGCGCUGGAGGUAGACAAGGCGGUGGUUGUAGGACAUAGCAUGGGCGGAAUCGUAGCCGCGAACCUCGCCGCAGAGCGCAGCGACCGCGUCGUAGCAACCAUACUAAUCGGCCCCGUGUACCCCUCCCCCGCCGCGGGCCCCGUCUUCGCCCAGCGCAUACAAACGGUCGAGAGCUCUGGGAUGGAAGCCAUGGCGAACGCGAUCCCCAGCGCAGCGACGGGCGCGAAGGCGUCACCUGUCGCGAGGGCGAUGAUCCGCGAGCUGCUGCUGGCGCAGGACCCCGCGGGCUACAUCUCCAACUGCCGCAUCAUCGUCAAUGCGAAGAGGCCGAAUUACGAGGGGAUCAAGGUGCCGGUGCUGAUUUUGGCGGGCGGCGAGGACAAGUCUGCGCCGCUGGAGGGGUGCAGGAGGAUGUUUGGGGAGAUGGGGGCCACGGAGGAGAAGAGGUUGGAGGUAUUGGAGGGAAUCGGACAUUGGCACUGCUUGGAGGAUUGGGAGGAUGUCGCGAGGAGGAUUUUGGCGUUCUAUCACGACAUCCAGUAGAUCGAUUGAUGGAUUGGUUAUUGCAUUGUCACGGACUUCUGAGUUCUAAAUGUGGUAUAGGGGGAUGAAUCGGUUGUGACCUUCUGGAAUACAUGUCGAAACGAUACUCCGUUAAGAGGAAUCAUUUCCGGUGGGCAGAUCCUCUUCCGAGGUUGAAGAUUUAUGAGUUUGGACGGAGUAGUAACUCUAUGUACAAGUAGUACUCCGGACCAGUAAGAGGUAGGGAAAAUGUGUACUCCGUAUGUAGGACAUACUAGUACAGGUGUAAGGUUAGACAUGGCGGUGCAUACGAGUGAGUACAAUUGUGGUAAUGGCCGUAAUUAGGUUAUUUGAG